GUUGUGCGCAUGCGUCGCAAAUGUCAGACGGUUCAGAGAACAGAAGCCAAACCGAAAAAACAUAAAUAUUAAAGCUAGAAAUCGAGCAGACAAUAACUUUGUGAUCAAAACAAAAACAAAAACUACGCCUGACGUCACAGAGCUUGGCGAGAUCAACAACAGCAGCAACAACAAAAACAAUACAACCAAUUCGCAACUGCGCCGCACAGCCGCACUGCCGCUGCCUGUGUCGCUGUCGCUGCCAACGCCGGCAGCGCUGAUAUCCAAUAGCGCGCCAAAAUAAGAAGUCGAAAUCAUUCCUUUCGAGCGCACAACGUUCAAAUUCGUUUGCUACGCUCACGAGAGCGGACGUGGACGACGAGCAGCGCGGAAAAUCACAAAAGACGAAAAACGACAACAACAGAAAUAAACAACGAUCAACAACGAAAAAGAAAUAUAAUAAUAUAAAUAAAAGCAAAACGCAAACCGUAAAACAGUUAAAUCAUAUGUUGGCUUUGGCUCUGCCAGUUUGUUUGUUUGUUUGUCUUGUCGCCGUAACUCGUUUUCAUUUAAUUCAAUUACGCAAAUAUCCUUCCCCAAGUGUUUUACAACAUAAAUGUGGCAAGACCCAGAAACGUGCUAAACAAGUGAAGUGCAACCAGAAAAGUCAAGCAAAAGAUAUCGAAUACAAACGGUGCGAAAUGGUGAAGAACAAUAACAACUUGCUGGCCGAUAUGAAGACGCCGGCCAAUGGACAAGCGCAUGCGCUCUCAAAUGGCAAUGGUGUGGUGCCAACAACAACAACAACCACAACAACAAUAACAGCUGCACCUACAGCAGCAGCCGCAGCAACAACAACGAUGGCAGCCAACAGCUGGCGCCAAACAUUGUGGAACUGGUGGGACACAUUCGCAGAUGUGGCUUGGUUUAUAAUCUGUUGCAUCGGCUAUAUAUUGCAGGACCUGUAUUAUAUAGCCUUUGGCUAUCCCGAAAAGGAGCUCGGCACAGACAUAGCGCUAAUUACUGGCGGUGGUAAUGGACUGGGACGCUUGCUGGCCGAAAGACUGGGAAAAAUGGGCACAAAAGUUGUCAUAUGGGACAUCAAUAAGAAGGGCAUAGCUGAAACUGUUGAAAUAGUGCAAGAGGCAGGUGGCUACUGCAAGGGCUAUGUGGUGGACAUAUCGAGGAAGGAAGAGGUGUACAAAGCAGCCGAUGUCAUCAGAGCUGAAGUUGGUGAUGUAACGCUGCUUAUAAACAACGCUGGCGUCGUCUCUGGCCUGCAUCUGUUGGAUACGCCGGACCAUCUGAUCGAGCGCUCGUUCAAUGUGAAUGUAAUGGCACACUUUUGGACCACAAAGGCCUUCCUGCCCAAAAUGAUCGAGAAGGAACGAGGACACAUUGCCACAAUUGCCUCGUUGGCCGGCCAUGUGGGAAUUAGCAAAUUGGUCGAUUACUGUGCCAGCAAGUUUGCAGCGGUUGGCUUUGACGAGGCAUUGCGCUUGGAGCUCGACGUCCUUGGCCAUACCAACAUACAAACCACCUGCAUUUGUCCGUUCUUCAUCCAAGCGACAGGCAUGUUUGACGAUGUGAAUGCCAGAUGGGUGCCCACGUUGAAUCCCAAUGAGGUGGCCGAUCGUGUCAUCGUUGCCAUCAAGAAGAACGAGAAACUUGCCAUCAUACCCGGUUUCCUCAAAUUCAUGUUGUCCCUCAAAUGGACCUUCCCCUGGGGUUGUGUUGGCGGUCUGUUGCGUCGUUUGGUGCCCGACGCUGCGCCUCACGGUGUGGCUACAACAUCGCCGCUGCCUGCCAAGGCUGCAAACGGCAGCAUUCUAGCCGGCGCCAACAUUGUCAACUCCAGCAGCCCUCAGCUUGCCACAGACACCGCCACCGCCACCACCACCACGAUUGCAACCCCCACUGCCGCCGCCAUUACGGCAGACACUCAGGCGGACAUUGCCGCACUCGAUGCAGAACUGAGCAGCGUAACGCUGCCCGCAAAGUCACCCUCUCUGCUUAUACAACGUACCCCAUCCCUGGGCGAGCGUGUGCUCUGAGGCAACAUUUUUGCAUUUUAUGUUUAAUUUAUUUUGUGUUUUUGGCAUUUUUAAUGGCCCCCACAAGGCACAAUGGGCGCACAGUGAAGCCCAAUAAGAAACCAUUAACUACAAAAACAAAAAUCAUGAAGACGAGGUAAACCUAAUCUAAGCUACAAAUCUAGUGAUAUUACAUUUAGUUAGUGUGAAUACGAUUAGUUGUUGUUUCCCAAUAAUCCUGAUUUGUAUGUUUGUAUAGAAAUGUCAGUCAAAUGUCAGUCAAGUAUACAGUAAGUGCAGGCUAUAAAGCAUUUCUCUCUUAAGCGUUCUUCGAGGGUGUAACCUAAUUCUACUAUUAACUUUAAUUUCGUUGUUCUGUUUUUUUAUCGCCAGGGGCAGUCGUUUCGGGAUUAUACUUACAUGUAUUCGUAUUUCGGUUAUUUUUUCUAGCUUAGGCCGCGUGAUUUAUUUUUGACUUUUGUCAAACGAUAAAAUACAUACAAAUAUAGUUCAAAUCAAAAUCCAACUUAAAUACAAUAGCAAAAAAAUUCAUUUCCAUUUAUAUAUUUAUGCAAAAAGAAAAGCAAAUCGAACAUUAAUACUCGUACAAGGAAACUUAUUUAGUUAGAAGACUUUGUCUUUUUUCGUACAAGGAAUUGUUAAAAUUUACAAUGUUUACAUUUUUCUUAGCUAAUAACUACUUUGUGAAACAAAUAAUUAGUUAAUUUAUAUAUAAUAAUUACGAAUUAAUUACAGAUAACCCAUCAAUGAAAAAUCAAAAACUGUAUACAAUAAACAGCUAAAUAUUAUGAUCGAAAAUCUCGAAAAUUAAAAUUAAAAGCGUACCAAAAAUCUAGGUGUGGUUUCUUAUAAUUUGGAUGGGAAAGGUGGUUCAUCAAAUUUCUUA